GUUUAUCGGGAAUGUCUCACCAAUCGAUGAAUUCCAAGAGGAUCCUCUGAAUGUCUAAGUGAACUUCAGGGUUCACCGGGAACAACAUCUCAUCUCAGUUGUUCAGCAGUAAAGUGCUGAAAAGAGAGAGGUUGGAAGGAAAGGGUGAUUCAAGUUGGAUGGAUAAUAUGAUACCCUAACUUUUUUUUUUUUCUUCUCUUCUUUCUACCCUGUCUCACUCAUCACCAGCUCCCAGCUCAUUAUGGCUGCUUUCGGAGGACGUACAGUCGGCGGUUUGAGCAUGAGCUCGCUGGCCCGGCAUGGGCUUUCCACCACAUCGAGCUCAGUUCGACCACUGGGCUUCACAGCAGCCACCCAAAUACGUCACAGGAGGAAUAGUCCAGCCUCAUCGGUUCCCUCACAACGACGAACCUUCGUCAACGAAGCCGUCACCACUGUCGAGCAGCUCCUCCUCGCCGCCCAAGCCAACCUGCACAUCCCAUGGUACAUCCUCAUCCCCGGCUUCGGCGCGACCAUCAGCCUCAUCUUCCGCGUUCCCGCGGCCAAAUACACCCAGCGGCUCGCCCAGCGCCGGGCCCUGCUCAAGCCCAUUCUGAUGGCAUGGGGCCGGAAGCACUACCAGGAAGUCAACUACGCGAAGCAGGCCGAUCCCGUCAAGCACGACUUUCACCCGCCCACCGAGAUCAUGAAGCGGAUGGAGAAGACGAGCAAAAGGUUACUGAAAGAGUGGGGCGUGCAGCCAUGGAAGCAGUUUGUGCCGUUUUUGGCCUUUCCCGGCUGGCUGGUGGGUAUCGAGGCUUUGAGGAGGUUGUGUGGCGGACCGGUUGGUCUGUUGGGUAUGUUUUUGGGAGCUAAUAAGGAUGGGAAGGCGGCGGCGGAGGCGGCCUCGAAGGCGGCGGAAACCACACAACAAGCAGUGCCACAAGCAACUGAAGCGGCCACGAACGCUACCCAGGCCGUCACGGAAGCAACCAUCACCACCACCCCCGUCGCCGACACCGUUGUCAACCCCCUAGCCAACAUCCUCCCGGAAUCCCUCUCCAGCUAUUUCCAAAAUACCCUCCCCACCACCAUGGAGGGCUGCCUCUGGUUCCCCGACCUCAUGGCCGCCGACCCUCUGCACAUUCUCCCCUUCAUUCUUUCCUUCACCAUGUUCGUCAACGUAAUGCCUCGCAAUUCAGAAGGGUGGUUGCGUCUCCUCAACCCCGGGACGGAGGACGUCAACCCAAACAACAUUGGCGAGCACGCAUCCAAGAUCAAGCAGCAAAAAUCCGUAGGACUUAGGAUGCAGCGGGCGCUGCUGCUGUUGACGCUGAUCGUUGGGCCCGCCACCAUCAACUUGCCGGCGGCGCUGCACCUGUACUGGAUCACGACGAGUCUGACGAGCAACGCGAUCACGAGCGUGGUAGCGGCCAAGAUGCCGUUGCCGCCGUAUCUGGGACCGGCCAAGGGGAGGGGAGAUGAUCCGUAUGUGAGACCGAAGCUGCCGGGGCUGGAUUGGGAGCCGAAUCACACGGCCGUAAAGAAGGUGAUCUCGCGGGCCAUGUCACAGGAUGGAGCAUAACGGAUUUUGUACUGUAUGUAUGUAGUUGUAUGAGACGUAAGAUACCUAUGGAUGGAUGAUAGAUAGACUGGCCGCCUAGAGAGACCAGAUGGAAACUGUAUAACCAAUAAGAGCGAAAAGAAUGUAAGAACUCCGAAAACGCCUUUCCCCUGUCUUUGAUCCCUUCCAGGCGUCUUUGCAAUAACGAAAUCAACAACAGCAGCAGCAACAGAAACAACAAAACCAACCAUUACAGGAUUACCCUGUCCUCCGAGCCAUUCCCUUCCGUUUCAUCAUCAAAACAUCAUCAACAAUCAUAUCCUUACUGUGUCCCGUCUUUCCGCAUCCUGCACUCGUUUUUCGUACCAUACCAUAUGGUGUCCCACCCAUUUAGCCCAAGAACACCGCCAACAAAACAAUCGUCA